ACAUACAUUUUGAGUAGUUUUUCCAUCGCAGUUGUCACUCAUAUUUUUGUGCAGAACUGUGCGUUAUUUGCGGAGACUCGGUACUCUUCUAUAAUUAUAAAAAAUGCUGUGCCGUCAUAUGGUUGCCUGGCGCUCCUUUGUCUAUAACCACAAUUUGUAUUCGAUUGGGCGAAAUGAUUUAGACUUUUGGCGCUGCUCUCCAGCUGAAUUGAGACGCUGCCCGAGUGCAUUGCAUCGCAUCAUGGACUUUGCCAAUCGGGAUCUUUCUGUGAUGAUUAAUUUCAACAAGCAGCAAUUGCUGGAGAUGUUUGUCACGUUGCAGUCCCUGUUGCAGACUACCGAUCUCCGGACCGUCGAGUUUCUCUACGAGAUGCGGAGCCAUUUGGGUCCAGCAGCUGAUCAGUUUGUCCAUGAGCUAAGAAGCUUUGCCUACUCACCGUUCGAUAGCCUCAUCAGCUUUGAUUGUAAUACGAAAUAUGAGGCCAGAAAAUUAACCCAUUUUAAUGCGAGCGAUUGCGGCUUACCCGAUGACUUUGAAUUGCUGCAGGGCAUCUAUAGCUUACCGCAAUAUGUACGCAACUUGCAGUACGACGAUGACUUUGAUGUUUUCUCUUCGGAUUUCGAUGUCGAGGAUGAGGAUGCCGACGUGCUGGACGAUUACAGCAAUAUGUCUGUGCUGCAAGCGCCGGUACUCAAAGAGAUGCGUCGCAUCUUCAAGAGCCGCAGUCUUAAUCCCCAGCAGUCUCCCAUGGCAAAUCCCACUGCUGCUGCUGUUGCCAUAAUUUCCGAGGACGCUGCUCGCAUUUUGAUCAAUCGCCAACCUGCGCCUGCUGCGCAAUCUGCGCCUGCUGCGCAAUCUGCGCCUGCUGCGCAAUCUGUGCCUGCUGCGCAAUCUGCGCUCAGUCCUCCCGUUUCAGCACCCCCAGCAGUUAGUACGGCUAACAGAAAUGCCAACACGGCGCAACAAUCGUCAUUCCUUAGGUCUCCCAUACAAUUAAGAUCUCGAACUGCGGACACCAAGCGUCGCUCCAAAAAGUAGAUCACACCCACACACAGAAACUUGUCGGAGGCACCUAAGUGAUUGUCUGUUGCACGUGGCAGGCAAAUGGGCAAAUGAGGUUGGGGACAAGGUUGAUGCUACAUUUGAACGCCUUUUGUGUAUUAUUAUGCACAUUUAUAAUAAAUAAAACGAGCUGAGCCGAGCGCUGAGCACUGAACAAAGAAAA